AUGUUACUACAUCAGGGUGUUUGUAUCCUCUUGAUCAGAAAUAGUAUACCUUCACCGUAUAACUAUAAGGAUAACAAGGAACGCCCCUCUGUGUUCUUAACCAUUGUUGUUCUCUGUGAUUUCAGAGGGGAAGAUGAAACCAGAAACUUCACCCCUCUGUGUCCAUUGUUGCUAGUUUUGUGGCUAUCUGUGCGAGUUCCAGAUUUCUACCUGAACUCGUCUUUGUGUGCUUCCCUUCUCUUCUCAACCACCAGAAUGACAUCCCUUGACGUCUUGGAGGACGAGCUGAUGAUGGAAGAAAGGUCGAUACGUUUUGAUGAUUCCCUCGAUCUUGAGGAGAAUAUUGAAAACAAAAUCACUCUUGUGGGUCUUCUCAUUGCUGACCAUGAACCCACCCAGGGCAUUGUUAAAGAUGUGCUACGAGCAAUCUGGACAAACAUGGGGCAGGUCAAAGUUUUGAAGGCAAAGGAAAACGUUUAUUCUAUCACAGAAUUGUCAAGUUUUAAUGUAAUAACUCCCCUAGCAGUUCAGGGGUUGAGAGUUGUGUAUUUAGACAGGUUUCGCUUGAAACCUUUGUUGCUUGUGCUGCGUCAAGUGGUAUCAGAGCGGGUCUCUCCCGUCUCGGUAUUCUUGUCUUGUCUUAUCAUGGGUGAUCGAGAAGCUGAUGUCCCAGCCCCAAUUACUCGAGCGGAUCUGGACGCUCAAAACCAACGGAUCGACAACCUAACCAACCAAUUUGGGGAGAUGCGAGAAUUGUUGUUGCAAGCUCUUGGUGGCAACAAUAGAAGAAGUGGCAGAGAUGACGAAAGAAGAGAAGGCAGGGAAGACAAUCGAAGAGAAGGUAGAGAUGGCGAGAGAAGAGAUAAUAGGAGGCAACAUAUUCCGGAUAGCGAGUCAGAGUCAGAAGAAGAACUUGAGGAACCACCACCACCGGCUAAUAAUCGUCGUAAUCGUAAUUACGAAAAUUUUGGCGAUUAUCGGAUUAAAGCCGAAAUCCCUAACUUUUGGGGAAAUCUGAAGAUUGAAGACUUCUUGGAUUGGCUUGUAGAAGUGGAGAGGUUUUUCGAUAUUAUGGAGGUUCCUGAGCAUAAAAUGGUGAAGAUGGUAGCUUUCCGUCUAAAAGCUACAGCGGCUGUAUGGUGGGAUCAAUUGCAAAAUUCAAGGCAGAGGCAAGGAAAGCAGCGGGUUCGUACAUGGCGGAAGAUGAAGUCGCUUAUGAUGGAACGAUUCUUGCCCACAGAUUAUGAGCAGAUUCUAUACCGUAUGUAUCUAGGUUGUGCGCAAGGCAACCGUUCGGUUUCUGAAUAUACCGAAGAAUUCAUGCGUUUGGCAGAGCGAAACCAUUUGACCGAGACUGACAAUCAAAAGGUCGCGAGGUAUAACAAUGGGCUGAAGAUUUCCAUCCAAGAAAAAAUUGGUAUGCAGAAUAUAUGGACUUUGCAAGAGGCGAUUAACAUGGCGAUGAAAGCUGAACUGUUGGAGAAGGAGAAGCGCCAACCCAACUUCCGCAGGAACACGACGGAAGCCUCUGAAUAUGCUACUGGUGCUUCUAGUGGCUCCGGAGAUAAGGGGAAAGUGCAGCAGCAACCUGGAGGAACGACGAAACCAGCGACAACUGUCCAAAACAAAAACUUUAACGAAAGCAGCAGCCGGACUUUCAACAGAGGGCAGUCCCGAAACCAAUCCCAGAAUCCGUAUGCUAAGCCCAUGACGGACAUAUGUUACCGUUGCCAAAAACCAGGGCAUCGUUCUAAUGUUUGUCCAGAGCGGAAGCAGGCUAACUUUAUCGAGGAGGUCGAUGAAGAUGAGGAAAAAGAUGAAGUCGGGGAAGAUGAUUAUGCAGGGGCUGAAUUUGCAAUUGAGGAAGGAAUGGAGAGGAUUACCUUGGUUUUGCAGAGAGUUCUUUUGGCACCAAAGGAGGAAGGGCAGCGUCAUAGUAUUUUUCGUUCCCUCUGCUCAAUCAAAAACAAGGUGUGUGAUGUGAUCGUCGACAAUGGAAGUUGCGAGAAUUUCGUGUCAAAGAAAUUGGUGGAGCAUUUGCAGCUAUCAACGGAGCCACAUGUCAGCCCUUACUCACUAGGUUGGGUUAAAAAAGGCCCUUCGGUUCGUGUUGCUGAGACUUGCCGUGUGCCACUGUCCAUUGGUAAGCAUUACAGCGAUGAUGUAUUAUGUGAUGUUAUUGACAUGGAUGCAUGCCAUAUUUUAUUAGGGCGACCUUGGCAAUUUGAUGUGGAUGCGACUUACAAGGGACGAGAUAAUGUAAUUCUGUUUUCUUGGAACAACCGAAAAAUUGCAAUGGCAACUACAAAGCCCUCAAAACAAUCUGUUGAGCCCAAGACGAGGAGUUCUAGUUUCCUAACCCUAAUUAGCAGCGAGCAGGAGUUGAACGAGGCUGUCAAAGAGGCGGAGUAUUUUUGUCCCUUGGUGUUGAAGGGGUUGUUGAAGCUUGGCAAAGGAGAAAGUGACAUUCCACAAGACGUGCAGCAGAUUUUGUCACAGUUUCAGGAACUACUUUCUGAAAAAUUGCCAAACGAGCUGCCACCUAUGCGGGACAUACAACACCGAAUUGACUUGGUGCCUGGAGCUAGCCUUCCGAAUCUGCCUCAUUAUCGGAAGAGCCCCAAGGAGAAUGACAUCCUAAGAGAGCAGAUUGAAGAAUUACUGCAGAAGGGAUUUAUCAGGGAGAGUUUGAGUCCCUGCGCAGUUCCCGUUUUGCUGGUUUCGAAUAAAGACAAGACUUGGCGAAUGUGUGUUGAUAGCCGAGCAAUCAACAAGAUAACAGUCAAGUACAGGUUUCCCAUUCCACGGUUGGAGGAUAUGCUGGAUGUUCUUAGCGGCUCAAGGGUGUUUUCCAAGAUAGAUUUGCGAAGCGGUUACCACCAGAUUCGCAUCAGACCUGGCGACGAAUGGAAAACAGCGUUCAAGAGCAAGGACGGAUUAUUUGAAUGGUUGGUGAUGCCAUUCGGAUUGUCAAAUGCGCCUAGCACUUUCAUGAGACUCAUGAAUCAGGUUCUUCGACCAUUUAUUGGCUCUUUUGUCGUAGUUUAUUUCGAUGACAUUUUAAUUUACAGUACCACAAAAGAAGAACAUCUUGUGCAUUUGAGACAAGUUUUAGAUGUUUUGAGAGAAAAUAAACUGUAUGUGAACCUAAAAAAAUGUACUUUCUGCACAAAUAAGCUACUGUUCUUGGGUUUUGUUGUUGGUGAGAAUGGUAUCCAGGUAGAUGACAAGAAGAUCAAGGCAAUCCUUGACUGGCCAGCUCCAAAAACAGUUUCUGAAGUUCGAAGUUUCCAUGGUUUGGCCACCUUUUACAGAAGAUUUGUGAGGCAUUUCAGCUCCAUCGCUGCACCUAUCACAGAGUGUUUGAAGAAGGGCCGGUUCAGCUGGGGAGAGGAGCAAGAGAGAAGCUUUGCAGAUAUAAAAGAAAAGCUUUGCACCGCGCCGGUUCUAGCCCUUCCAAACUUUGAGAAAGUUUUCGAAGUUGAAUGUGAUGCCAGCGGUGUGGGAGUCGGAGCUGUGCUUUCACAAGACAAGCGGCCAGUUGCGUUCUUCUCUAAAAAGUUGAGCGAUGCACGUCAAAAGUGGAGUACUUAUGACCAAGAGUUCUAUGCGGUUGUUCGAGCUUUGAAGCAAUGGGAGCACUAUCUUAUCCAGAAGGAAUUUGUUUUGUUUACAGAUCAUCAAGCGUUGAAGUAUAUUAACAGCCAGAAAAAUAUUGAUAAAAUGCAUGCUAGAUGGGUGACUUUUUUGCAGAAAUUUUCGUUCGUUAUCAAGCAUACUUCCGGCAAGACAAAUCGUGUGGCGGAUGCGCUGAGUAGAAGAGCUUCAUUGUUAAUCACGCUGACUCAAGAAGUUGUGGGGUUUGAAUGUCUGAAGGAAUUAUAUGAAGGUGAUGAUGAUUUCCGGGAAAUUUGGACUAAGUGCACCAAUCAAGAGUCGAUGGCAGAUUACUUUCUUAAUGAAGGUUAUUUGUUCAAAGGCAACCAGUUGUGUAUUCCAGUUUCCUCUUUAAGGGAGAAGCUCAUUCGGGACUUGCAUGGUGGAGGGUUGAGUGGCCACCUAGGCCGUGAUAAAACAAUUGCAGGGAUGGAGGAGAGAUUUUACUGGCCACAACUCAAACGAGAUGUUGGAACUAUUGUGCGCAAGUGCUACACUUGUCAAACUUCGAAGGGGCAGGUACAAAACACUGGAUUAUAUAUGCCAUUACCAGUUCCUAACGAUAUUUGGCAGGAUCUUGCUAUGGAUUUUGUCCUCGGUUUGCCCCGAACACAAAGGGGAGUGGACUCUGUAUUUGUGGUGGUUGAUCGGUUCUCAAAAAUGGCGCAUUUCAUAGCCUGCAAAAAGACUGCUGAUGCAUCAAAUAUAGCCAAACUGUUUUUCAGGGAGGUUGUUCGCUUGCAUGGGGUUCCUACAUCCAUUACAUCAGAUCGUGACACCAAGUUCUUGAGCCAUUUUUGGAUCACUUUGUGGAGGCUGUUUGGGACUACUUUGAAUCGUAGCAGCACUGCCCAUCCCCAGACUGAUGGCCAGACUGAGGUUACAAACCGGACAUUGGGCAAUAUGGCACCAGAGGUCCGGUCAACCCGCAGCCGGGACCUUCGAAGGGUAAAAUUAGCUUGGGACCAUCUGCUUGGAGGCCAUCGAUCUGGAGUUAGUUUCAGUAGAGAUACCAGCCAGGAUGAUGAUAUUGCAAAUUGUUCUGGGGCCGGUGUAGCCAGGAGUAUUGAGAGACAAGUGUUGAUAGACUCUAACAGGAGAAGUUGCCUAAUGUGCCAGAUGUGUGUGGCAGCGAAAAAUUUGGCUGAUGAAGUAGUAGCCGUUCGAGAUGAAGUCAAGCAGAAACUUGAGCAAACUAAUGCUAAGUACAAAGCUGCUGCAGGUAGGCAUAGACGAGUUAAAGUGUUUCAAGAAGGCGAUUCUGUGAUGAUAUUUCUGAGGAAGGAGAGGUUUCCAGUUGGCACAUAUAGCAAGCUUAAACCAAAAAAAUAUGGUCCUUACAAAGUGCUCAAACGGAUCAAUGAUAAUGCCUAUGUUAUUGAGUUAUCGGAUUCCAUGGGAAUUUCCAAUAUUUUUAAUGUUGCAGAUUUAUAUGAGUUCCGUGAAGAUGAGGUCCUUUAUCCAGAUCAUAACUCGGGGUCGAGUUCUUCAGAGGUGGAGGGGACUAAUGUAGAACAGAUGGCAGAUUUUAUCGCGGUUGAGCUAGAAAAAGGACGUAGCGGGAAUUUGCAGAUUUGUUGCCCGAGCUCCGAUUAG